UUAUUUUCCACAUGAACUCCUUCCCAUGAGUUUGGAUUAUAAACUUUCUCAGUGAAACUGGGCGAUGUGAUGUGAAAAGUUUCCUUGAGCCAUGUUUAAAGACCGCCUGUAGUGUAUGAAAAGAGGGAGAAAGUUCUGGUCGAGGUUUCCGAGGCUCAGUGUCCAGUGUCAUGAAACUUAAUCCACGCCAGGCUCCAUUAUAUGGCAGUUGUGUGCUCACCAUUCAGCUGAGCGAUGAUGAGCUUUGGGAAAGAGAGGACGCAGAGUUUUUCCUGCUCGUCACCGGAUCUACUCGAAGGCACGUGAGCAGCACUUUGAGGAUCAGCCAUGACACCUUACAGCUGGUGUGUCCAGCCCAUGACCGCUGCGAGUCGGUGGUGGUCACUCUGUGUUCUCUGGAUCCAGAUGGCCUCGUUCGUAACCUGUCAUCCGAACAGAUGUGUUUUGUCCAGGAUUUGGCCUUGGACAUGGCCCAGUUCCUGGUGGGUGCAGUGGGCCAGGCAGAAGGAACGGAGGGCGCACUGCUGCUGAACGAGUGUCACAUCCCGCUGCAGGAGUGCGAGAAGAUGGACCAGAGCCUGGCGCUCGCAUUCAAACACCUCACACUGCCUCCUGACUGGAGCCUUUUAGGGGACAAUAACGAGCCGACACCUCGGGAGACUCUUCUGCACUUUGCCGCUCGCCGUGGGCUCCAGCGAGUGGCAUCCUUCCUCCUGCAGCAGUCUGGAGCAAGACGCGUGCUGGAGCUUCCUAACAGAGAUGGCAUGACCCCCGCUACCCUGGCACAGAGCUGUGGACACAAUGCACUGCUGGAGCUACUUACACUGGAGGAGACGGGUACUCAGGAUAGCAUCGAUACACACAGACGAGACUGCUAUGGUGCCUAUGUGGUGCAGCACCACCCGGAUCUGAACACCUACACACUGUCAGCGGUCACUGAGCCUGGCACAGCGCCACACUGCAGGCUGCAGGCGGACGUGCAAGACUUGCGGCGUGCGAUUCUAGAAAACACAAAUCGGGUCAAGCUGCCACACAUCUCCCAGGAACGUGCAGACGUUCCGGAGGCCUGUUUCGAGCACCCACAGGACGACUCUGUCAGCACAGCAGAGGAAGAGUCUGCGUCUGCGUGUGAGAAAAGAAAAAAUGAAAGCGGGCAUCCAGGUCCAGUCCCGUGCACCGAAGUUAACAGAGGUCUUUGCUUAAGUGCCAAAAUUUCCGCACCUCUGUCAGACAAUGGCGACAAUGACGAGGAACGGGCGCGUUCCUGUGAAAACAUCGACCAAGAUUAUGGAGCGCAAGCACAGAGCAUAGCUCCUGGCAUACUAGGAGAUAGCAGUGACAGCUUACAGGCAAGCUCCGAGGGAGAAAGUGCAGCCCCAUCCUGUGGAAAGGAGCAAGAGGAAACUGAUAUAGCUCAGGAGCUGAUCUGCGAGGCACAACCAAGUGCCGAGGGGGCCGAAAGGGUGGUCCAGGAAGAGGGGUUCAGCUUGGCGAGAGCAGAUGAAAACCAGUGUUUGGAGCUAUCGGAGUCACCAGCAGGAGAUAUGGGAAUCACUCAAUCUGCAGACACACCUGAAAGUUCUGAGAUGGAAUCAUGUUCCCAGGGAGAAGUACAAAUCUGUGAUGAGAGCGAGGAAGGGAAUGGGAACAGCAGUGCUUUGGAGCAGGAGAAGAUGGAGAGAAUAAAUGAGGACUCAGCAAAAGAUCAGUCAGGGAAUGGCAAGCAAGAAUCUGCAAGUCCGUUUAUUUCAGAAGAUGCGAUAUAUUCAGUGGAGGACGAGCUUGAAAUAAAUGGCAGUCAGACAAGUGAUGUCUAUGAACUAGGAUCCAAGGAACAAGAAAAACCUGCAGAAGACAGUACUGAUGCACACGACGAAGAUUCCCAUUAUAUUUCCCGUCACAGUGGUGAAACAGAGAGUAGUCACAAACUCACAUUCGAUACAGUGUGCCAUCAGAGAGAGCAAUCUGACAGUGCUCCAGAGGAAACGUGUCAAAAGAACAAUAUGGUUGGAGAACCUCAGUCGCUUUUAGAUGCAGAGACUUAUUCACACAGUUCAGGUUUUGAGCUCGAUGAAACAUCUUCUGUGACACUUCGUGAUACUGUUUCCCAGAACAGCGCUCACAUACCUGAACCAGAACCAGAGGCAGCCACCAGGGAACCAGACUCAACAGUCAUAAGCGAAACAACAGCAGGAAAUAAGUGCGAAGGACAAACUUUGGAAUGCAGCACUGAUGUCUCCCUGGCUGCACUUGGCUCCGAGCCUGAAACCUCUACGCCAUCCAGCAAGGACGCUUUAGAACUUAAGGAAACUGAGUGGGUUUCCGCUAACAUGGCACAGAGAGUUUCUGCCAGUGACCCGCAGGAAGUCUCACAGCAGACUUGCCUCGAACAUGAACACGAGCACACUCAGGAGGACAGAGAGAACAGGAUUUAUUUAGAGAACAACGACCGGACAGAAGAAAUCUCAUUAAAAAAUGGAGAUGGACUACCAGAAACGAGUGACGUUCUUCCUCCUAAACAAGGAGACAGAGCUGCUUUUUCAAACCCUCUCAUUUCAGAAGAAGCUGUGGAAUUGAGAACUACAGAAAACAGACUCAGUGCUGUCGAGGAAGAAGUCCAGCCUCGUUUAGACCACAGUGAGCCAGUGCUUUUUGAUUUCGCUACCACAAGCUUAGCUGAUAUUGUAGCCACGUCAUUCUCACUUGAUGAGCAGUCUAAACUUAGAAGUCAGGAUAUCACUGAGCCUGAAGUAGUGGACACGGAUUCUGCGCGUUCAGAGUUGACUGAUGUAGAAGACAGGCAGCGCUUUGGACCCGAAGAGGACGUGGUUGGACACAUCAAAACUCACGGUGAAGAGCUACGUGUCUCCCCGGACCCGCAUCUAGAGACGUGUCUCGGAGGUGUUGACGUAUCUAUGAUUCACAGAGAGGGGCAUUCGCUUUGUCUCGAAAACCCCCCACACAGUAGACCUCUAGAGAAGAGACACAGCUCUGCAUCCACAGAGAGUCCUCUGUCUCCAGCUCGGCACAGCACAGGCAGCACAACCCUCAGAGAAACAGGCAGCGACACGGAUGGCUUGAGCAGCACUGACACGGGAGAAGACAGCGUCUUCAAAAAGGCCCAGGAGGUUCUGGGUGGGAGCGACAGUGCAAGUGAGGUGUCCAUCUCCUGCUCGUCCACAGACGACACGACCAGCCUGUGCCAGCCGAGUUCCUCUGCCGAGAGCUCUGAGGAAGUGAGGCGCCGAGGGGCAGGCGCCGGAGAAGGAGACGCUGAGGAGGAGGCCAAAGAUCGCGUGACCGAGGUCCCUCUACGCUCUGCCCUGCUCCGGUCCUCUGUCCGCUCACAGUCUCCAUUUCGGCGUCACAGCUGGGGACCAGGCAAAAACCUGGCUGGGGAGGGAGACAUGAAUCAGCGCAGUAGAUUAAGAAGUCCCGGGGACCAAAAGCCCAUCUUUCAUAGAAGAAGUCUUAGCUGGUGUCCCACUGAGAUCCCCUUCAGUUCUGACCUGGAGGAGAUUAGCCAGCUUCUCAGUUACAGCCUAGAGGGUCUGGCAGGAGAAAGGGAUGAUGGGAAACGAUGGCAGGAACAGGGAGCACGCUCCUCUCAGGACCAGCAGAGCGAAGACACAGGCUCCCAGGUGUCUCUCACUGAGGAAGGACAGGACUCAGACUUGGGAGACAGCAGCAGUCUGGACAGUCAGACAUCGAGACGGUAUCGGCCAUUCCGACGCAGCCGCCAGUCUAUGACUCUUCCGCUCCGAGAGAGUGUCUCCAUGCUGUCCAUCAGUCAGAGGGACGUUGACGCAAAAGCAAGGGUUCGACAUAAGAGACGGAUUUCUUUUACCUUGAACAUCGCUCCACUUCUCCAAAAAUCGAAACGUGAUUUUUCAGUCAGCUCUUCAUCCAGUGAUGAGGAAGACUCUAUGACCAUGAGAGCUUUUGGUAGUAAUUCAAAUUCUCUGGCCUACAGUAUCACAGAGGAGGAGCCUGGCCCUUUAAGAGGGUAUUUCGAGGGAAAAAGUGAGAACAAAGUGAGCCGUACGUUUAGUUACCUGAAGAGCAAAAUGUAUAAGAAGUCUAGGGAAAAAGACAAAGAGAAGACCCGGGAUAAAGACAGAGAGGCCAAAGAAAAGGAAAAGAAGGCUGUGAACGGGCAUUUGUUCAGCUCUGUGAGCUUAGGCCAUGCUGCUUCUUGCCAGCAUUGUAACAAAACUCUCAAUGUUAAAGACGCCGUCAGUUGUGCGGGUUGCAGCGUGUGUGUUCAUAAGAGCUGCCGAGACCGCAUUCCAGUGUGUACCAAUGGAAAGUUCCCAAAACAACCCCAGAUUGUAAUACCAGAGUCAACCACCAUGUCUGGAGUCACUUUAAGAACAAAAGCCUCUGCCCCACGGGAAAGGCCCUGGUCAGCCAUAUUGUCUCCCGACGACCAAUUCUCAUUGAUGACUGCACCACGUAGACACACGAGCAUCAUGCCUUUCAACAGCAGCAACCUGUCUAAAAGCAUAUCCAUCAGCAACAUUGCAGUAUUUGAUGAAAUGCCGUUGAAGAGUCUGCGCUAUUUAUCCCAGUCCACCGACAAUUUGCACAAAGCCAACAAGGUCAACGAGUCCACCGAGUCUCUGAUAGAUGAAGGAACGGAGAUAGAUGGGCAGCUGAUGGGAGAGUUCGAGGCGGAUGCUAAAGAGUUGGAAGCUGACUCGUGGAGCUUCACGGCGGAUAAGAAAUACCUGACGCAGUUGAAAAAAGAUGUCAUUAAGCAGCAAGAUGUCAUUUAUGAGCUGAUUCAGACGGAGAUGCACCACGUGCGUACACUGCGGAUCAUGGCAGACGUGUACAGCAAGGGGAUGCUGAAAGAGAUGCAGCUGGAAGCCCAUACGGUGGAAAAAGUGUUCCCUGUACUGGACGAGCUACAGGAGAUGCACACACACUUCUUCAGCAGCCUGAUCGAGAGGAGGAGAGAGGCCAAGCAGGAGGGCAAGGAUGGAACCUUUAUUAUCAGCAGGAUUGGAGAUAUACUGGUCAACCAGUUUUCGGGCUCCAAUGCUGAAAGCAUGAAGCAAGUUUAUGGGACGUUCUGCAGCCAUCACAAUGAAGCAGUGAACCAGUACAAGGAACUACACAGCAAAGACAAGCGCUUUCAGACGUUUAUCAGGAAAAAGAUGAGCAACAGUAUCGUACGUCGACUAGGGAUCCCCGAGUGCAUAUUACUGGUCACUCAGCGACUAACAAAGUACCCGGUCCUGCUGCAGAGGAUCCUGCAGCACACUAAAGAGAACGAAGAGGAGUACGAGGACCUCACACAGGCUCUGAAACUCAUCAAGGAGAUAAUAGGUGCUGUUGACAACAAGGUGAACGAUCAGGAGAAGAAGAAGAAGCUAGAGGAGAUCUAUAACCGGACGGACAGCAGAACCAUCACACGAAUGAAGAGCGGUCAGAUGUUUGCUCGAGAAGAUCUGAUUCGAGGAAGGAAGCUCCUUCAUGACGGACCACUUCAGUUGAAAACCCCAGCAGGAAGACUAAAGGAUGUCCAAGCCUUGCUUCUCUCUGAUGUCUUAAUAUUCCUGCAAGAGAAGGACCAGAAAUAUGUCUUUGCUUCUCUGGACCAACGCGCCACUGUGAUCCCCCUACAGAAGCUAAUCGUCAGAGAGGUGGCUAACGAGGACCGGGGCUUCUUCAUCAUUGCAGUAGGCAUCGCAAAUCCAGAAAUGGUGGAAGUUCAUGCCACUUCGAAAGAUGAGCGCAACACGUGGAUGCAGCUUAUCCAAAAUGUUAUGCAUUCUAGAGAAAAGGACGAUGACGAGGGCAUCCCUAGCGAAACGGAGGAAGAUAAAAAGUUGCUAGAGUCCAAAGCGAAAGAGAUGAGAGCGAUGCUUCAGAGGAAGGAUGAUCAGAUCCUGGCUCUCCUGAACGAGAAGAUCAAGCUCUUCCAUGACAUGUGUGGCUCUGGAUCAAGUGAAGACACGGCUUUGGCCAUCAGGAUGCUGUUCAGGGCCUCGAAUAAUGACAUGCUUAAGGGGGAGAAUCUCAUGAAGGAAGCAAUUCGAGAAGUGGAGAUGUUGCAGACACUAGUCCACAGUGGUCUGGGAGGAGCCAUAAACCAGCAGGGGGCCACUGAUCCUGGGCCCACGGCCCCUGUGCUUCUGCCUCGUAGAUCCGAGACUUUCGGAGGCUUCGACAGCCACCAGAUGAACAGCUCGAAACAUGGAGAUAAAGAGGAGGUCGAGGACCUGAGGAGGACAGAGUCUGACAGCAUUCUAAAAAAGGGGGGAAACACCAACCUGCUGCUCGUGCUGAAGAGGAACAGAGAGCAGGUCCUGAGCAGCGUUACACAUCUCCAUGAUCUCCUCAGUUCACUGCAGGCUGUGGUGGUUCAGCAAGACACCUUUCUGGAGGAACAGCGUCAGGCUCUUAGCGAGCGUCCCUCCUCACGCCCUUCGUCUCGGCCUCCAUCUCUAGUCGAGCAGGAGAAGCAGCGCAGUGCAGAGCGCCAGCGCCAGGAAGCUGCCGCUCAUGCUGAGGAGAGGAAGCGCAGAGAGAGGGAAUGGGAGACACGAGACAGAGAUCUGAGCAACCGAGAGCAUCUUCUUAACGCCAAAGAGGAGGAGGCGCAGAGGAGGCGCUCCGAGAUAGAGGACGAUCAGCGGGAGCUGCAGACCAGAAAGGAGGACUACCAGAAAGACCUGGAAAGACUCAGGGACUCUCAGAGGAGGCUGGAGAGAGAGAAGGAGCAGAUGCAGAGAGAGAUGGAGAUGCUGGAACAGCUCAGGGAGAAGGAGAAGCGGCUGAGCCGGACUCUCUCAAGCACGUCCGAGGACUCAUUAAACAUUCCGAGCAGCAGCUCUUUGGAGCAAGAGAAGAAGCAGGAGAAGGACGAAGGCGAGCAGUCCAGCAGUACAAAAAAGAAUUCUCUCUCCAGAAUAGACUCCAAACAGAAAGGCCGAAACCUCAACGCCUUCAAUCCUUUUGCUCCUAAAGCCGUGAGUGCGGAGGGGCAGAAACAGAUCCCCAACCGCCUUUUGCAGCUCACCAGGCCAAAAGAGAAGAAAGACAAGAAGAAAAAGAAAAGCAAGAGCAAGCCCACUCAGGAAGCAGAAUCCCAUCUGCUGCCACUGACAGAGCCUCCACUGGAAGGAGAGAUUUUCUUCUGCUGAUUUGGCCUUCGCAACUCGUAACUCCCUCGUUCUCUAAGCUAUCUGCAGCGGCUGAAUGUAACUCAGUGCAGGACGCCUGCCAAAGUGCCCGCGCCGUGUCCCUGGCACGCUCCGGCACGCUAAUUGGACUGAAUUUGCCCUGAAAUAUUUCCACGUCCUGCAUAUGUGUCGCGUACACGCGGGACAUGUUUCUGUAUGUGCAAUUCGCAGAGUGAAUCCCCUCUGGAUGUUACACACUCACACUUCAGCAGUCUGACCACGAUAUGAAUAGCGCCCCAGAAAUAUAUAUAUAUCCUGGAAGGCAAAAUACAAAAAGGAUUCAAACAUAACUCCCUUUUAUUUAUUCCAAGCAGUCAAACCUAUUGUGUGUAAUUACACCAAAAAGUUCACGAGAAGAGAUUUGAAUUCAAUAAGGCACUUUAUAGACCUCCGGUGACAAUCAGCAUAGACAUUAUUAAUCCAAGACUAUUACAGAGAUCUAAUAUACUCACCAACUGGUAUAACUUACAUUAUGACGUAUCACAUCGUGUGAUAUUAAAUACUGUGGAGGUCCUGCUGACAUUCUAGACGCAUUUCUGGCAAAACAAGACUAAAAAAAGUCAAACUGUAAAUAUUGUAGAAAUUAAAGAAAUGAAAUGACCUGCUGGACAGGGAGUGUGUGUGUGUGUGUGUGCACAGAAAAUUGCAACACUCACUAAAAACUGCAUCAACUUCACAUUCACACCACUAGGCACAGAGCCCAACAAUCGCCACAACCACUUUUAUUUACAUCAUGUUUUUAUUUUCUUCUUAAAUAAUACACCUAAAUGUUUUACACAGAUACAUUUCAGUCAAAUGGGUUUAUUCAAUCCGCUUUUGUAGGCUUUGAUUGGAUCCAUUCUUCAUAAUUCACACAUUGACUUAAUGUCUGUGCCUCAAGCACAGUCAAGCUGUUGCUUUUUGUUUGUUUCAGCUAGCACUCGCUUGCACUGAAUGAAUCGACCCAGCAGGAGGUGACAAAGAGUACUGUGCUGUUUAUCAUGAAGAAUGGUCAUAUACCAAUGUGUGUGUGUGUAUAUGGCUCAAGAACUGCACUCUGAUAGGAGAAAAUGGUCCUUGUACACAAAAAGGGAAAUCUUUUUUUUCCCUUUAUAGCCUUAUAAAAUUGAGAACGUAUGCAGUUUAAGUUCUGGCAGCACUUUUGUGUGGGAUCAAACAGGAAAAACACAAAAUCAGGCAAAGUAUUUAUAAUUGCUCAUCAAAGUCAGAUUGUGUAGCAUUAACUAAUUAUUAAAAUGCACUAAAGAACAAUGCAGCAUUUUCUCAGGAGUGCAAACCUUUUGUUAAUACAAACAAAAACAAAGUAAGAAAUAUUCAGUACUUGAAGGUACAGUAUUGUUUUCUUGCUGAAUUGUGUAAAGGGACAAAACUAAGACUGUAUAUAAUUUGUGAAACUGUAUAAGAAAAAGCAGAUGUUUUUUUUUAAAUAUGUUUCACUAUUUUGUAAAAAUACUUUAUUUAUCAUUGACUCUUUAUUUGGGGGCAAAAAUAUAAUAUUGCCCUUAAAAUAAUUAAAAACCGAUAAUGAAUUGC